AUGGAUGAACUUGAAACAUAUUCAAGGCUGGCACUUAUUGCAAAAGGAAAAGAGAUGGGUCUGCGAAACUUUCGCGGACUCAAGAAAAAAGAAUUGAUUGAAAUUAUCAGAAAUCCACCACCAAAAACCCCCGCAAGAUACGCAGGUGUGAGAAAAAAGGUGACACUAACACCUAUUCAGGUAUCACCUGAUAAUGAUCAACCCAUAGAAACACUCGUUUUUCCAACGAUAUACAAGGCUUCAAAACAUUUCAACAUAAAUCCAGCAAGGAUACAUAUUUGCAUAAUGGAGAAUAACACUGUUGAGCAACUCCGCAAAUUAGCAAAGAAGAGUGGCCUUCACGGCUAUGCAAACAUUCGAAAAGACGAGCUUAUCAGACGCAUCAAGCUUGCUCAAUCAAAACCAAAAAGCCCUCCCCUGCCCAUAGUUAUACGAAAGAAGGCAAAGACUCCUAGUACACCUACUCCUGCCACGAUUACAGAAUUCCGUGAGUUGGCAAAAAAACAAGGUCUUCGUGGAAGAGAGUGUGUGAUGUCAAAGAAGGUUGGGGGUGAGUUUGUGUUUACGAUUGCACAUUUUUCAACUUUACAAAAGAUCGUCUUUCAAGAGACUGAUAGGAAAGAACUUUAUGAAGAAUGUGUAGAGAAAAUGAUAAAGAGUUUGGAAAAGUUUGAAAGAAGUGGGAGUGGGUGGACAUUUUAUCAGGUUGAGGGUUUAGAUCUGCAUACGGUAAAAUACACCCCUCUGAAAGGUUCUUCUUACAUUAAGCUGCCAAAACAUCUUGCAGAUAAAAAAGCGAUCAUAAACAUGGAAAAUGAGGAUGAUGAAUGUUUUAAGUGGUGUGUAACGAGAGCUUUGAAUCCUGUUCAAAGUAAUCCUACUCGCAUCACAAAGAUUUUGAGAAAACAGGCAGAAAAACUCGUGUGGGGUGGCAUCUCCUUUUUAAUGGAGGUGAAGGAUAUUCAUCGCUUUGAAAAGUUAAAUCCGGAGAUUGGUGUCAACGUUUACAUGUAUGAAAAUGGGCUCAACCCCUUGAGAGUGAGCAGCAAAGGUCAAGAGCAAAGCCUUAUCGAUCUUCUUCUCAUUCAAGAUGGUGAUAAAAAGCAUUAUUGCCUCAUCAAGAAUUUGAGUCGGCUCGUUUCGAGUGAGUUGUCAAAGAAAAAGGCGAAGAAGUUUAUCUGUAGGAGGUGUCUUAAUUAUUUCGGUUCUCAGCAACUUCUUGACACUCAUGACGCGCUGUGCCGAUUUCAUGAGGCUGUGAGAGAGAAGAUGCCAAAAGAUGGGACUACUCUCUAUUUCAAAAACCACCACAAGAAGAUGGACAUGCCGUUUGUCAUCUAUGCUGAUUUUGAAUCAAUCAUUAAACCAUUACACUCAGCUCAACCUAAUCCCGAAGAGUGUUACACUGAGAAGAAACAACAACAUAUUCCGGUAAGUUUUUGUUAUUAUCUCAAGUGCACAUUUGACAAUAGUUAUUCAAAACUGGUUGAAUACACAGCAAAGUCUGAAGAUGAAGAUGUGGCGCAAAUAUUCGUUGAAUCGCUUGAAGCGGAGGUUCAGGCUAUUUACGAAGACCACCCUGCUAAAAAGAUGAUCUUUACAAAGAGUGAUGCUGUUGAAUUUAAAAAUGCAACGUGUUGUUGGUUAUGUGGAGAGGAUUUCGAAGAGGGAAAGGACAAAGUGCGCGAUCAUUGCCAUUACACCGGUAAAUUUCGAGAGGCUGCGCAUAACAGCUGCAACCUAAAAUUCCAGCGUCCCAAGUUUACACCUGUGGUGUUUCACAACUUGGCAAACUAUGACGCUCAUCUCUUCGUUAGAAAUCUUGGUGUUUCGGAAGGAGACAUUGAUUGCAUACCAAACAACGAAGAAAAAUACAUUAGCUUUACAAAGCACGUUGUGGUUGAAAAGUUUUUUAAUAAAAAGGAAAACAAAGUUGUUGAGGUGAAGAGGGAGUUGAGGUUCAUUGACAGCUUCAAAUUCAUGGCUUCUAGUCUUGACAAGCUUGUUGGAAACCUUGCUAAAAAGGGUGAGUCUUUCUUCCAAAAUACAAAAAAUUAUUAUACUGGAGAGAAGCUUAAUCUGUUGAUGAGAAAGGGUGUUUAUCCUUAUGAAUGGGUGGACUCUAUACACAAGCUUGACGAGUUGCAACUUCCACCAAAAGAAGCUUUCUUCUCCGUGUUAAGUGGUAAAGGUAUCUCGGAUAAAGACUAUGCUCAUGCUCAAAAUGUAUGGAGCGUCUUUCGAUGUAAGACAUUCCGAGAUUACCACAAUCUCUACAAUCAAAGCGACGUUCUUUUACUAGCCGAUGUGUUUGAAAACUUUCGUAAGCUUUGCAAAGAGAACUACGAUCUCGAUCCUUGCUGGUACUUUACCGCACCGGGUUUGGCUUGGGAUGCUUGUCUCAAGUUGACUAAGGUAAAACUUGAGUUGUUGAGUGAUAUAGAUAUGUUGCACAUGUUUGAGGCCGGUAUUCGCGGUGGAAUUUCAAUGAUUUCGACAAGGUAUGCAAAAGCCAACAACAAAUACAUGAAAGAAAAGUUUGACCCUACCCAACUUUCAAAGUUCAUCAUGUAUCUCGACGCAAACAACCUUUACGGUUGGGCGAUGAGUAUGUGUCUACCGACGGGAGGGUUUGAAUGGGUAGAUGAGAAAGACUUUGGAAAGUGGAAGAGUUUCCCCUGCAUUCUCGAAGUCGAUCUGAAAGGUGUCAAAGAAGAGCUUCACGAUCGCUUCAACGAGUAUCCACCCGCUCCUGUAAAUCUGUUGAUUGGGAAAGUGCAUAAGCUAACCUGCACGUUGAAUGAAAAGAAGAAGUACAUCGUUCAUCACAAAGCAUUAAAGCAUUACAUGAGUCUUGGAAUCGAGAUUGGAAAGAUUCAUCGCAUUAUCAGGUUCAAUGAAGAACCUUGGAUGAAGGAGUACAUCGAUUUGAACACAUCUUUGAGAGCUGAAGCAAAGAAUGACUUUGAAAAAGACUUUUAUAAGCUGAUGAACAACGCUGUCUUUGGUAAAACCAUGGAAAACAUUCGAAAACGCGUCGAUGUGAGACUUGUGACCAGAGAAGAGAAGGCAAAGAAGUUGGCAAACAAGGUCAACUUCAAACAUUGCACCAUCUUCUCUGAAGAUCUCAGCGCAAUACAUAUGGGAAAGACGCAAAUUCUCUUCAAUAAGCCUCUCUAUCUUGGGAUGAGCAUCCUUGAUCUCAGUAAGACAUUGAUGUACAACUUUCACUACAACUACAUCAAACCUAAAUAUCCAGAGGAUAUAACUGGUGAUGUAGACCAUUGGUUUGACACAAGUGAGAUCGAAGAAGGACAUCCCUCUGGGAUACCGACCGGUGUGAACAAGAAGGUGAUUGGAAUGUUCAAAGAUGAAGUAAAAGGAAAGAUCAUUGAAGAGUUUGUCGGUCUGAGGGCCAAGCUGUACAGCUACAGAAUGUUUGAUGAUGGAACAAAAAAGAAGAAGAUCGAGCUUGAAAAGAAAAAAUGCAAGGGGAUGAAAGAGGGGGUGGUAGAUCGCACGAUCAGCUUCGAUGACUACAAAGAAUGUUUGUUUGGCGGUGGUAAACAACUUCGAACAAUGAACACGCUUCGGAGUCGAAAACAUGAGAUGUACAUGGAAGAGAUUAAUAAAGUCGCACUAUCUGCAGACGAUGACAAGCGAAUCAUUUUACCAGACAAAAUACACACGCACGCGAUAGGACAUCGAUAA